CUUGCUCGCCGUACAAGAAAACUCGGACAAAACAAAUACUUCCGUAACUUCUACUGUUCAAACCCAAAACCAAAACCAAAAAACCACCUUCUCUUCUUUCUUUCUUUCUCAAAUCUCAACCCUGCAAUCUAGCCUACCCUCGCAUUUUCGCAUAUUCCUUUCUCUCUCUUUCAGUUUCCAAAUCUCAACCAAUCUUUCUUUUCAAUUAUCAAAUCACAUUCAUUCCAUAUUCAAUCUUUCACUGUUUUUUCCAGAUUCUUUCUCGCCAAUUUUGAUCUCCGUCUUUAAUUCCUCUGAUUCAGUUUACUGGAAUACAAUUGAUAGUUAAUUAGGUUGAUUUCGUGUCCGAAAUGACGAUCCCUGACAUUGAGCAUGCAAAUUCAAUGGAGAAUGGAGUAGAUUACUCACCGCAAGACCAGAAACGUAUCAUACAGGAGUUGAAUGAUCAAGCUGAGUCUAAUAUUAAAGAAGGGAACUUAUACUAUGUUGUCUCAAGCCGAUGGUUUACAGGCUGGCAGAGAUAUACGGGGGAAGAUGGUGACUGUGAAAUGAAUGGUUGUACACCAGAUUUACCUAAUGGAUUUGGCCGACCAGGGCCUAUCGACAACUCAGACUUAACUUCAAAUGUAAAUGGUGGUGAUGUUGAUAAUGUAGAGCUUAUUAGAACAUUGGAGGAAGGGCAAGAUUAUGUAUUAGUUCCUGAAGAAGUCUGGAAGAAGCUAUUGGAAUGGUACAAUGGAGGACCUUCACUGCCGAGGAAGCUGAUUUCUCAGGGCGCAUUUAACAAAAAGUUCAAUGUUGAAGUAUAUCCUCUGUCUCUUAAGCUAAGAGAUUCGAGGGACGAUAGCCAAUCAGACUUAAGGUUAAGUAAGAAGGCUUCUGUACUCGAGCUCUAUGAGAAAGUGUGUGCUCUCAAAGGAUUGUCACAAGAUAAGGUCCAGAUAUGGGAUUACUUCAAUGAGGAGAAGCAAUCUAUAUUAGUUCCUUCUGACAAGACGUUAGAGGAUGUGAAUCUGCAAAUGGACCAAUAUAUUCUCAUGGAGGCACAAACUGUUGGGAAGGUAUCAUCUGGCUCUGGGGGUAAUUUAGCUGGAAAUGAACUAGCUUUGGUGCCAAUGGAACCCACAAGGUCUGGUGUGACUAUUGCUGGUGGCCCAGCCUCUUCAAAUGGCUACUCAACGAGAUACAAUUCUGGUUUGUAUCCAGGAUUGAGUUCUAGCUCGAGUAUGCAGAAUGGUGGUCAUGAGAGCAUUGGUAGUCUGAGGAAAAAGGAAAAGGGCGGUUUAGCAGGGUUACAGAAUCUUGGAAACACUUGCUUUAUGAAUAGCGCUCUUCAGUGUUUGGUGCAUACUGCACCUCUUGUUGAGUACUUUUUACAAGACUAUUCUGAUGAGAUAAACAAGCAAAACCCAUUGGGAAUGCAUGGUGAGCUUGCCAUGUCAUUUGGUGAUCUAUUGAGGGAAAUGUGGUCUUCUGGCCGGACAACAAUCACGCCGCGUCAUUUUAAGGGGAAACUUGCUCGCUUUGCUCCCCAAUUCAGUGGGUAUAAUCAGCAUGAUUCUCAGGAACUGCUUGCCUUCUUGUUGGAUGGAUUGCAUGAAGAUUUGAACCGUGUUAAGCAAAAACCUUACAUUGAGAUGAAGGAUUCAGAUGGCCGACCAGACGAGGAAUAUGCAGAAGAAUGUUGGAAAAAUCACAUGGCGCGGAAUGAUUCAAUUAUCGUCGAUACUUGCCAGGGCCAGUACAAGUCUACGUUGGUUUGUCCAGUUUGCAACAAGAUAUCAAUUACAUUUGAUCCUUUUAUGUACUUGAGUUUACCCCUGCCUUCAACAGCCAGUAGGACAAUGACGGUAACUGUGCUAUAUGGUAAUGGAAAUGGGCUUCCAAUGCCAUAUACUGUGACAGUUUCUAAACAUGGAUGCUGUAGAGAUCUAAUCCAGGCACUGGGAACUGCAUGCUGUCUAAGAGAUGAUGAGAGCCUUCUUCUUGCUGAGGUUUAUGAUCACAAAAUUUACCGAUACUUGGAAUCUGCUCUCGAGUCAUUGUCUUCCAUCAAGGACGAUGAACACAUUGUAGCUUAUCGAGUUCCUAAAAAACAAGUUGGGCUAAAGAGACUGGAGAUAGUUCAUCAAUCCCCAGAAAAGAAGCUUUUUGGAUCGCCACUUGUAACCUAUAUGCAAGAAAGGCCGCAAACUGUUGCUGAUGUUUGUAUUUCCAUUGCGAGCAUCCUUUCCCCUUUGAGGAAGGCCAAUGUUUCUUUGAGUAGGAAUCACACAGAGAAGGAAAAUGGAUCUGCUUCAGGAGUCUAUGAUGAAGCAGAUAACGGGCUCGUAGACAGCACUGCAGGAUGCAAGAAUGACAGCGAUUUUCCUUUUCAGCUUGCUGUAACUGAGGAGAAAUUAUUUAGUGUCAAACAAUUUGAUGAUGAUUAUGUGAAAAGUAGUCCGUCCUUGAGGGUUACUAUCAAUUGGACGGAUACUGAGCACGACCUUUACGAUAUUAGCUAUCUGGAGAAUCUUCCUGAGGUGUGCAAAUCUGGUUUUACUGCAAAGAAAACUCGCCAAGAAGCUGUAUCUCUAUUCUCAUGCCUGGACACAUUUUUGAAAGAGGAGCCUCUUGGGCCUGAUGAUAUGUGGUAUUGCCCAAAUUGCAAGGAACACAGACAGGCCUCUAAGAAGCUAGAUCUUUGGAGACUGCCAGAAAUACUUGUUAUUCAUCUGAAACGGUUCUCAUAUAGCAGAUAUUUUAAAAACAAGCUAGAUACCUUUGUGAGCUUCCCUAUCCAGAACUUUGAUAUGGGCAAAUAUGCAAAGAACAAGGAUGCAUCUGAUGUACCUGACAUGUACGAGUUGUUUGCGAUAAGCAAUCAUUAUGGUGGGCUUGGUGGGGGACACUAUUCUGCGUACGCAAAGUUGAUUGAUGAGGACAGAUGGUAUCACUUCGAUGACAGUCAAGUUUCUACUGUGAAUGAGUCAGAAAUCAAGACGUCGGCUGCAUAUGUCUUGUUCUAUCGCAGGGCGAAAGUCGACGCAAAAUCUGAAGCCAACGGAUCAUCUUGGGAUCAGAAUCAUUCUUAAAGGCAUUAGAUGGAUCUUGUCAGCAUGGAUUAUUGGUUGAGAAUAUUGGGAGGUAGGUCGUCAUUUGUUCCAGUAUUUGCUCAUUUGUUCAGCAAAAUUUUGAAGUGAGCAGCUAGAUCAUAGAUUCUUGGUAUUAAUUCAUGUAGGCCUUGUGUAUAGGUCUGUGGCCAAUACCAGUAGUGUUUUAACCAUAUUAGGAAACAUUAUAAAAACCUUUCCCAUAUCUGUAGUGGGUUAUCUAGAUAUUCAAUGGAUAUUGCCUUGAUGUGUAACUAUUAUUCCUUAUCGCUCUUCACGAUAUAAUUUUCUUAAAUUGAUGUCUGUUUAGUGUUUUGCAUAUACAUCAGGUGGGGCUAACGCUUAGCGUAGCAAAUUUUGGGUUAUAAUGAGCGAACUUGAUUUUGUAUCUUGUAACUAAAUCAUAUUUAUAUUAUUUCUUAAGGCUUCUGCCGACUAUUA